AUGUCCACAUCAAGUUAUCAGCCUGUUGUCAAAAGGCCCAAAUCAUUCGGUGCCUCGCCGCAGCGUUUGAUGGAUAGUUUUUUUCAAGCAAUGAGGGAAAUCAUCGAAAACAAAGCAAGGCCCAUCAUUGACAAGCCCAGUGUCAUUACUACUGCUGAAAAGAUCUGUCAAUGCGCCAAAGAUGAGUUGAAAAAUCAUCUUGAACACCAUGGUACUAAUCAAAACUUUCAAUACUUUCAAGAGUACGUCAAGGAUCACUUCAAUGCUGUUGUGGUAUCUUUACAGCCUCAGGCCACUACGUCUACAUCCACUGGUGAAAGUGCAUCCAUCCCAGCUACACCGGUUAUUGCUCCUUCUGACUCUGUAGCGUUUCUUCGCCGCGACCUCUCUGGCAUGGACAUGGCAUCCGACAUGUCUUCUGUGUCUGGCGCCCCUUCACAUGCAGCAAUGUCUUCAAUCUCGCAUAAUCCCUCUGAUAUAUCCAUGGUUGAAGCUCCCCCCCAGACAAUGUAG